GAGUUAGAAACCCAGGGAAUCUUACAGAAAGAAUAAGCAACGAAGUAUCGCAUCAUUCAAGCAUUGGAUCAAUAAAUCAAAUAUAAAAUCAUUUAAACAGUUGACCAAUAAAUCAAAAACGUGAUGAGAAAACGAUCAGUAUUUUUACGGAUUUUUAACUUUCAGACGAAAUGUUUUCGUCCGGUGCUAACUAUAACAAGUUGAAGACGAACCUACGGUUGUCCAUCAACAGGCUGAAGUUGUUGGAGAAGAAGAAGGCAGAGAUGGCGAUGAAAUCUAGAAAGGAGAUUGCGGAUUAUCUGGGAGCUGGGAAAGUGGAACGAGCAAAGAUUCGUGUAGAGCAUAUUAUCAGGGAGGAUUAUAUGGUUGAGGCAAUGGAGAUUUUAGAGAUGUAUUGCGACCUACUUUUAGCAAGAUUCGGUCUGAUUCAACAGAUGAAAACCUUAGAUGAUGGUUUAGCGGAAGCUAUCAGUAGUCUUAUAUGGGUAGCUCCUAGGAUGAUGAGUGAUGUACAGGAGUUGAAAAUUGUUGCUGAACAGUUCGCGGCAAAGUACGGGAAACCAUAUGCACAGGCUUGCAGAGAAAACGCCGUAACUACUGUGUCUGCGAAACUUAUGCAUAAGUUAAGUGUCCAAGCGCCUCCCAAGAUAACUGUGGAGAAGUAUCUGAUAGAGAUUGCCCGUUAUUACAAUGUUGAAUAUGAACCUGACCCUCAAGUAAUGAAUCAGGAUGAAAUAUACUCAGCAGAUAAUUUGAUUGACCUGAUGCCUGGGGUGCCUGGAAAAAACGACCUUGACACCAAUACUGGAAAUACAGGAGGUGGUGGUGGUGGAGGUGGUGGGUUUGUUGAACCUGGAUAUCCUCCUCCCUACACAUCACCAGCCCAAGCACCCUUCAACUAUCCUUCAGCAACACAGGCCUUUGGAGGCGGAGGAUGUCCUGGAGCAGCUGGAGGAUGUCCAGGAGGUCUCCCUGGAGAAGCAGCUGGAAAUAUACCUCCUCCCCCCAAUGGUGCUGCUCCUCCCCCUCCCUUCAACUACAAUAUCCCACCUGGCAGACCAGACUCUCCUAAUGAGAAUGUUGAGAGCAAAGACGACCUUAAUAUCAGUGGAGGAAGUGGGCCCCCUCCCUACUACCCCGAAGAACCAAUCAAGAAGCAGAACUUGAACCAGGGUCCUAGUUCCUACAGUCCGGACCUAGAGUUCCCCGACCUACCCUCCGUACCCUCGGACACGCCCCUGGGCGGCAACACGCCCCAACCCGACGAUGAUGAUGAUGAUAUUGACUUUGACGAUUUAACAAAAAGGUUCGAAGCGCUGAAAAAGAAGAAAUGAUUAAUUAUUUUCCCAAGUUUUUAUUCAAAAUAUAAUGAUAGAAUAUUC